AAUGCCAGUGAUUGAAAAGGCGGAAGAAGAAACAGUUGCGGAAGAAAUUUUAAGAAAAACAAAGUAAACUCUUAAAAAAUGUUUAAAAUUUCCUUAAAUCGUUUAUUACCCAAAUUUGGUUGCCUGCUUUGUCUGCUAACGACUGCAGUUUGGUGUCGCCUACCUCAUCCCAAACAUGCCAGGGAUCCCAAUGUCAAUCUGUUGGCUGUUAUGAAAAGUUACAUGGACCCCAGUGUGGAUCCUUGUCAAGAUUUCUAUCGCUAUGCCUGUGGUCGAUGGGGAAAUGUCCAUGCGGACUUUAAGAAAUAUGUGGACACCAUGGGUAGCUUGGAUUAUACCAUCAAUCAACGCAUGAAAUUAAUUUUGGAGCGCCGCAAAGUCUUGGCCCAAUUUGAGCCGAAUGAGAUCUAUCGCAAGGUGCGAUACUAUUAUCAAAGCUGUCAGCAAGAAAAGAAAUUCGAUGCCUUAAAGUAUUUAUCAGUUUUAAAACCCUUGGAUGCAGUGACAUGGCCGGAGGCAGGGGAAUUUUGGCUUCACAAAGGCCAAUGGAAUUUCUGGCAUACUUUGGGCCGCCUGCAGGCGGUGGGCUUCAAUGGUUUUCCCUUGACUUUGCAGGUCAAACAUCAUAAUGCCACUCAUUUUCAUUUGGAAUUGGACAAAUUGGAUAAUUUGGGCUAUACCACCUAUGAGCAAAAACUGGUGGACCAAUUGGAGGAAUCUCUAGAUCCUAAAAUGCGAAGAUUGGCUGCAAAUAUACAAGAGUUCCUGCGUAGACUAGCCAUUUUGCAUAGCCAACAUCAGUUGCUUAAAAGCCAAGCGUUAACUGUGGAAGAGUUGCAGAAAAUGGUAACCAAUGUGGAUUUCCAGAGCUUAUUUUCCAUCAUUUCGCCGGAGGAGAACAAUCUCGACCAUCUCAUCUUGAUGGUAAAAAAUUUGGAUUAUUUUCACCAAUUGGGUCACCUGGUGGACCAGACUUCCUCUGAAACUUUGAUUCAUAGUCUAAAAGUGAAAUUUCUGGGCUAUUUGCAAAAACAAAUGCCCAAAAUCGAUGUGAGCCUAUAUUGUCUGCAUCAUAUGCGCGAUUUGGUGCCUCUGGCCUUGGACUAUAUUUACGAGCGAGAGGUCUAUGGUUUUCAUAGAAAAUUCAGUGAUGCUGUCAUACAACGAGUAUUUCAACAAAUGCAACACAAAUUUGUGGAAAUUCUGCAUAGCCAUGAAAGGGAAUUUCCCGUCUCCGUUAUGGAAUUGCUGCAAGCCAAGAUAUUGAAUAUGAAACUGAAUAUAGGCAAUUUACCCCAGGUGAACAAUCAAAGUUUCUAUCAGGAAUAUUUUAAAAAUUGGCAAGUCACCUCUGAAGACUUUUACAGCAAUCAUAUCAAUGCCCUUCGCCACUAUAAUGAGGAAAAAUUUAAAUUGCUGCAUUUGCAAGACUACACUGCCCUGCAUAGUUUCUUUACUUGGCCCUAUGGAUCGCCCGCCUUUCAACCUUCUGCCAAUUUGUUGAUAAUACCCCAUGCCUAUCUAAGAUUUCCUUUAUUUCAUCCAAAAUUUCACGAUUUAUUUCUAUAUGCCGAACUGGGUAAUACCCUGGGACAUGAGAUUAUGCAUGCCUUCGAUAUCAAUGGCCUGAAAUAUGAUGCCCAGGGCAAUCCCACAGCUCUCCUCUUCACCUUUCUGCCGGAUGAGUUAUUCAAAUCGCUGGAAUGUUUGUCACAACAACGCUCGGAUAGCCUCAAUGAGAAGAUAGCCGAUAUAAGUGGCUUUCGCUUGGCCUAUGAUUCGUAUUUUCAGCAUGAGUUGCAUACAGCGUUUCAGGGCCCUACCUACCUUAGUGAAAGGCAACUAUUUUUCAUAAAAUUUGCCCAAUUUUUUUGUGUCAUGAGCCCCAAGCAUGUCAGCUAUGAUGAUAGCCAUGAUACUCCUUUUCAGCGAGUUCCUCAGGUGGUGGCCAAUCAUCCGGAUUUUGAAAAGAUAUUCAAUUGCUCCUCCACCAAGAGCAAUAGGGUUAAGUUAAAAAAAUGUAAUUUAUGGUAG